CUGGAGGAGACCCUAUCUCUCGCUGUGUAGGCUUUAUGAUGUGCUGAUAUUCCAAUGAAUGAACGGUCGGCUGACUGCGAAAGGGAAUAGGAUAUUCCACUGGGAAUGAAGCACCUCCCCUUUAAUCGCUCGGGUGAGUUUGUCGGAGCUGCUGGAGUCGCUCUCUUCACUCGCACGUUUAGCGUCAGCCGCAACAACAACUCCGACGGAUUUCGCUGCUUUUGUUUGGGCCAAAAAGCUGCUGUUUUCUUUGUUUCCCUUUUUAUGGAAUAUAAAAGUCCUACCGGUUGGAAGGUUUUGUCACUUCUCUGUAUAGAUUCUUUGUCAUCGACAUGAAGAAACACGAGUUAAAGCAUCUAAAGUCGCUGAAGGACUGAAUAAGCCUCCUGCUCUCAGUCCACCACAAACUAACACGUCUGGAAGCAGAGCUGAGAUGGCCAAGUGGCUGAAAGACUAUUUGAGUUUUGGCAGCAGGAAAGUGCCUCCGCAGCCUCCCACACCGGACUACACAGAGAGUGAGAUUCUAAAAGCGUACCGUCUCCAGAGAGACCUGGACUUCGAAGAUCCCUAUGAGGACUCCGAAACCAGAUCCAGCAGAGGAGAGUCUGGGGCUUCGGACCCUGCUACACCUGUGUAUGGGUCUCCCAUGAAGACCUCUAGCACAGACGUGAAGUCUCCCAAACACAGACUGAUUAAAGUGGAUUCUCAGGAGCUGGGGCGCACCAAGAUCCUCCUCAGUGCCAUCUCCUUAGAGGACCAGCAGGAGCCCGUGGUGCCAUCUGCUCCUUUGGCAGGGGACACAGAUUACUCUGACCCGUUUGACGCUCGCUUGGACCACAGACCAGAGCCGGAUCUCGGACCCAUUCCCUGUGAAAAUAACGGCUAUAUGGAACCAUAUGAGGCUCAAAGGGUCAUUACAGAGCUACAGCGUGGCCCUGGAGGAGGACGGGCACGAGGAGGGGUGCAGCUCUACGACACCCCCUAUGAUGAUGAGCGAGGCCAGCGUCCAGGCCUGAUGUAUGGAGAACCUCAGGAGGAGGGCAAGGAGAGCAGCAGGCUGCCGCAAGAUGACGAAAGACCAGCUGACGAGUAUGACCAACCCUGGGAGUGGAAAAAGGACCACAUCUCUAAAGCCUUUGCUGACAUGAGGGAGUUGUCGGAGUUGCCCUGGCCUGCCCCAGUCGGUCAGCUGGAGGAGGAGCCCCCCAUCAGAGAGCAAGUUCAGUUUGAUGGCGCAGACUGGGAGCGCUCCUCGUCGCCCACAGAGCGGUUGCGUCCGCCGGGGCCCAGGUCCAGCCCAUUAGCAGGGGGAGGGAUGAAGUUUCGAAUGCCACAGGAAGGACUCGCAAUGGUGGGGGAGAGGGUGGACCCUACCCUGCCUUUGGAGAAACAGGUAUGGUACCACGGCUCAUUGUCACGUUCUGAUGCAGAGUCUUUGCUAACGCUGUGUAAAGAGUGUAGCUACCUGGUGAGGAACAGCCAAACCAACCGCUCAGAUUACUCCCUGUCCCUACGGAGCUGCCAGGGUUUCAUGCACAUGAAGUUCACCCAGUGUAAAGAUGGCAAGUAUGUGUUGGGGCAGAACAGCCCCCCCUUCGACACCAUCCCAGAGGUCAUCCAUUUUUACACCACACACAAACUCCCCAUCCGAGGUGCUGAGCACCUGUCCCUGCUGUUCCCUGUGCUGGUGCAGACGCUCUGACCUGGAUGCUCCUCCUGGACCUUCAGGAUCACCUGUCAGUGAUCGGACACAGUAAAACUUGAAUGUCGUGCCAGUGCUCUCGUCUUGUUGGACUGGACUACUUCUGAUGAUUCAACACACCAGGGGCCAGGGCCCUCACCCACCACUGCUGUUGUACUUGUGCCAAGUGUCUGUAACAUCCGGGAGAUCAAUUCACAUGAAAUGCAAAACCUGAACUUUAGACCACUGUCGCAGUAACAUGUCUCAUCUCCUCACUGAACCAAGAACACCUGACCCUGUCCCUUUCCUUCACACAUUUCUUUCAAGGCUGAAUGAACUGUAGUGAAAACUGAUGAAGCUGUAGCUUCAUAUUCUAAACAUUGCUACAGGAAACUUAAGAGAUGAUUGAGAUUAAUUUGCUGCAGUUUCUUCAUCAACACUUGUAUAAUAUUGCUGUUGUCAGGUGAAAACCUUGCAAAUCCUAUUUUGCUGAUUUUUCAUAUUUAAAUUUAUAGUCAAUAAAUUAUACUAUUUGGCAGGAAAAGUCCUCGGACUUGAAAGUCUUAUGUAAAUGGUGAACAAUGUAAAAUCAGUACUAUUUUUGAAGCUUAGAGGUUUUUACCAGCAGCAGUGAUAUUGUUUUUCUACACAAAGACACUAUGGGAUGACUCUGUUCUGUUAAUGUUCCUCCAGCCUGUUCUGUACUGUCAUGCUGCUGUAUUUUGAGGAUUUUCUUUCCACAUCUCAAUGUAACUUGUUGAUUGUUUAUCUUAAGCAACAGAGAAGUUAUGUAUUCAUUGUACUUGUAUUGACCUUGAUGGCCUGUGCUUGGUGGCCUGUUAUGCAGAGGUGAUGCUGAAAUCAUCAUAUUUUCAUAAACAUCAUGUCAAGCAUUGAAGGCGAGCUGUAAACUGAUGCAAGGGGAUGGUAAUCUGGACACUCAAACUUUUGUGAAUGUUGGCCACAGUUCAUCCACAUUUCAGCUGGCCAAACGAUUAAAUGCGUGUGGGGAGUUGUAUUUGAGUUAAAUUCUUGCCAUCUGGAAUGGGUUUCCAUGUCUGCUGCCUGGUUGCAGCGUUUGUCAUGAAGACUCGUCUCAGAAGAGGCAACAUAUCUGCCAAUUUCUAAAAGGAGUGAAGAGAAAUUCAUACCAUUGUUUCUUAAUCUACAAGUCUAUUGCCUGAGUUGUAUUAAUUAUUAUUGGUAUGGCCAUUCUUUGUCACUAGUAAAAGAUGACAUUUAUUUA